CAAUCAGCGUCGUUGUUGCAUCUGGCUAUGUUCCCGCCCCCUCUGGCAGUCUGCUGUGGACAUGACAGUGCGACUUCCAAGCAACGAGCCACAAACUUGUCAAGACUGAAAGCCGUCAAAUAUCUGCAUCGAGACGGAACUACCAUCGCCGUGAUUGAAGCGUGUUGGUCAGCCCGUGGACAGCGUGAAGCAGCGCCAAGGUUGACAUGGCUCCCUUGUUUACUGAGCUACCCUCCUAGAGCGACAACCCUGGAAUCCUAAGUUGUGUGCGACAUGACAACGAGCUAUCUGAACGGACACGGAGGAGGAGAUGAAGAGCUGAGGUUAGGACACCAGCACAGGGAAAUGGCUGUGGACUGUCCGGGAGAUCUGGGGAGCCGAACACUGCCAGUCCGACGCUCCGCACAACUGGAGAGAAUACGACAACACCAGGAGGACCUCCGUCGGCGAAGAGAGGAGGAGGGUCGGCAGCUGGAUCUGAACGCCUCCCUAAGGCUCAAGAAGCUCUCCCAGAAUCCCCACAGCGGCAUUGACAACCCCACAUUCCUAGAGGAUACGUACACACCACAGCAGCCGGCACUCAGCAACCAGCACACUUUGCUCGAGUUGGAGGAGCUGCUGCUGUCACUGAGGCAGGUCCGGGGCAGUUUGUCCGACCAACAGAGUCAGAAUGACAUAGAGCUGGUUCUUGCGCUACUAAACAAGUCUGAUUUCCAGUCUGCACUUAAGAUCCACAAUGCUGUGGCCAGCAGCAUGCACCGACCCUCCCCUCCAUACCCCCACACAAACCAGGCACUGCACUUGGCACUGGAGGUCAGAAAUCUCAGUCAAGCAAGUCCGAACAAAGAAGGAUUAGAACUCUCCAGUCUGCUAUCAGACACUCACAUGCAGUCUUUGCUUCUGGCACAUGACAGCAUAGCAAAGAGAGAAAUGGAACCAGAACCACCAAGCAGCCAAACGGAGACAUUGACGCAGUGGGGUGGAGAGACUGUCAAGAUUGUCCACCUGGAGAAGGCCCGAGACAUACCAUUGGGGGCGACGGUCCGCAAUGAAAUGGAGAGUGUGAUCAUCAGUCGGAUUGUUCGAGGUGGAGCAGCCGAGCGCAGUGGACUUUUGGCAGAAGGAGAUGAAAUACUGGAAAUAAACGGCAUUGAGAUCAGAGGGAAAGAUGUCAACCAAGUCUUUGACAUUCUUGCGGACAUGCACGGCCUUCUGACCUUUGUACUCAUUCCCAGCACUCUGAGCAAACCUCCAGCCCUCAAAGAGACUGUGGUUCACGUAAAAGCCCAUUUUGAUUAUGACCCAUCAGAUGACCCAUAUGUGCCAUGCAGAGAGCUGGGCUUGUCCUUCCAGAAAGGAGACAUUCUUCACAUCAUCAGCCAGUCAGACCCCAAUUGGUGGCAGGCCUACAGGGAUGGUGAUGAGGAUAACCAGCCACUGGCCGGAUUAGUACCAGGGAAGAAUUUUCAGCAACAGAGAGAAGCCAUGAAACAGACGAUAGAAGAAGACAAGGAACCUGAGAAGUCUGGAAAGUUGUGGUGUGCAAAAAAGAACAAGAGGAAAAGGAAGAAGUUGCUUCACAACAACAAAAAUGAGGACGUCAAUGAAGAAAUUCUGACCUACGAGGAGAUGGCUCUGUACCACCAGCCCGCCAACAGGAAGCGGCCCAUCGCACUGAUUGGCCCAACCAGCUGUGGGCAGGCGGAGCUUAGGCAGAGACUGCUGAAUAACCAGCCAGAACGCUUUGCUGGAGCUGUACCCCACACAACCCGCAGCCGACGGGAUGGCGAGCUCGGCGCUCGAGAUUAUCAUUUUGUUUCUCGCCAGAUGUUUGACGCAGAACUGGCAGCUGGGAAGCUGAUUGAGUCUGGAGAGUUUGAGAAGAAUCUUUACGGAAGCAGCACUGACUCUGUCAGACAAGUCAUCAACACUGGCAAGAUCUGUGUGCUGUGUCUACACACACAGGCCCUGAAGGUGCUGAGGAGUUCAGACCUCAAACCUUACAUCAUCUUCAUCGCUCCGCCAUCCCAGGAAAGACUGCGAGCCCUGCUAGCUAAAGACAACAAGAACCCCAAGCCGGAGGAGCUGCGAGACAUCAUUGAGAGAGCGCGGGAGAUGGAGCAGAGCUGCGGUCACCUGUUCGAUGCCAUCAUCGUCAACAUGGACCAGGACAAAGCCUACGCUGAGCUGCAGAGACUCAUCAACAAGCUGGACACAGAACCUCAGUGGGUACCAAGCUCCUGGCUGCGCUGACACAGAACCUCAGUGGGUACCAUGUCCUGGCUGCACUGACACAGAAGUGGGUACCAUGUUCCUGGCUGCGCUGACACAGAACUUCAGUGGGUACCAUGUUCCUGGCUGCACUGACACAGAAGUGGGUACCAUGUUCCUGGCUGCACUGACACAGAACUUCAGUGGGUACCAUGCUCCUGGCUGCACUGACACACAUGCUUGCACUUCUCACCUUCUUGAGACCACAUCCCUCAACUUGGAAAGUAAUGUAUUGAAAUGAUAUCACCUGAGAUUUAAAGUACACACCAGACAUUCUCUAUUAGACGCCAUGCUUUUCCCUAUUGGGACCAUGACUUGGGUUCUAACUUGUUCACCGGUCCUCAUAUGGACGCUACUAGUCUCAAGAAGGGUAGAAAUACAAGAACACACACAGUCUGGCUCUCAGAUCAAAUAUGUCACCUGUCCUCACUUCCUGAGUGAAUGUUGACACCACUCUUCUACUCUUCACUGACUUCCACUUUCACCCAGCAUUAUUUCAACUUCACCACCAUGACAGCUACUGAGUGUGUCCGUCACUGCAGCUAACUUCUUCUCCUUAUCACUCUCAACAUUCUUGUGCACUAGAAAGUACAACCCAAAACAUGGACCUACCAUAUUGGUUUUCUUCUCAGAUUUGAAGAGAUGCUUUUUUAAAAAAUGUGUUGAAUUCAUCCUGUCAUCAUUUCAGACAUCAUGAUCAGGGGUGUCCAAACUACUCCAACUUCUUUUUAGUCAUCUGAACAUUUCAUUGCUGCAAGUUACUUGAGUAAUUCAGGUUAAUGACCAUGAAUUGCACUUUGAAGUGUAGUCAGCACAGCCAUUUUUAUAUUGAAGCCAAUCCAAACAACCUUUCCUGCUCACUGUGAAAAUAAACCAACCCAAAAAAACACAACACAACCAAUGUCCAAUCACAACACAUUAUUCUACACUACACCCAUUUAAAUCCAUCACAAAGCAUGAUGGGAAACAUGCUAAACACUCUCCACAUGUAUCCAUGUUUGUGCGUUUUAGCUGCUUGAUUGCUCUCAUUCAUUACACAACUUUAAGGGGGUCGUCACGGAAGUACACAUUGUAGGAGUCCAACCUUCACAUACUCUUAAUAUCCAGUUAUAUUCCUUUUGUAUACAGUAUAUGAAUACAAUAUGCAUUUAAUCAAUAUUCACACAUAUAGAUGCAUAAAUAUGUAUAUAUGCACACACACACA